GUGACACUCCCGGCUGUUCCGGGUUUUUCUUGUGCUGCUGUUGACGGGCUCCACGUUUCCCUUUUCCAUUCCAUCUGCCUGGUUCAGGAUGGCUCUCCUGCUGGAGAAUCGGUUCGCCCAGCUCCCAAACACCAACGAAGUCACCACAAAAGAGUUUUUGGAGUCGGUGUCUCAUCUUCCGCGUUUCUUCGACUGCCUCGGUUCCAAAGUUUUCGCCCCUAUCAAAGCUGACAUAAAUGGAAACAUCACAAAAAUCAGAGCUGUUUAUGACUCAGACCCUGCAAAGUACGAGACCCUCCAAAAGAUUCUGGAGGUUGAGAAGGGCAUCUAUGGGUCAGAAUGGCCUAAAGCAGGCGCCACGCUGGCUCUCAUGUGGUUAAAAAGAGGUCUACGCUUCAUUCAGAUCCUGUUGCAAAGUCUCGCAGACGGGGAGAGGGACGAAAACAACCCCAAUCUUAUCCGCGUCAACAUCACUAAAGCCUACGAUCAAGCACUCAAGAGGUACCACGGCUGGAUAGUCCAGAAAGUUUUCAAGGCUGCACUUCUUGCUGCACCAUACAGGUCAGACUUCCUGAAGGCCCUAUCCAAAGGGCAGGAGGUCACGGAGGAAGACUGCCUGGCAAACAUCCGGCAGUUCUUGGUGAACUUUACCGCCACUGUGGAUGCCAUCUAUGAGAUGUACACAGUCAUGAACGCUGAGUUGGACUACACAGUGUGAACUCCUGUGCUGUGUGUGGUUUUGGGGUUGAGCUCCACUGUGCCUUUCUCAGGUCAGACAGCAUUCCUCCAGAAUAACCCCACAUCCAUAAAAACAAUGUUCAGGUGUCAUUUCAUUAUUUAUCCUUUCUUUUUUCAGUGAAAUAAUCUUAGCAGGGACUUCUCACAAACCUAAAGUUCAGUACAAACGGUCACUCUCACUCAUCUUUUUGUGGACUUAGAUAUGUCUUGGCACCAGUGUUGGGAGAGUCCUUAUGAGCUCCUAUGAGGCAGCAGUGAUGUGAGAGUAGGGGUGGGCAAUAUGACGGCAUGUACCAUAAAAAUGUUAGAAGUUGUUUAAUCAUACAACUUUUUUUCUUUGUUCGAUUUUUGAAACAGCUCUGCAUAAUUAGGUUGGCUUGACAAAGUUGUUGUCUUCUUCUUCUAUCUUAUUAUUCUAUGUUUUUUGUACCAUUUUUAUGGUUUUGAGCAGCGAAGCUAUGCGCAAUUAUAGAGCAUAUACAAAAGAACAAUGUGGUUGUGCUUUUGGGGCCGAUCUCAUGUUCAGUUUUUGUACAACAUUUCUUCAGAUGUUUUUUUUUUCCAUAAGACACAAAUGGGGGAAUGUUCAGAAAUUCAACUCUGACUGCUCCAUAUGAUGUCACAAGGACACCUUUCACACUGACCUUCAUAGACAUUACAUACAAAUUCUCAUUCCUAUAGCACACAUCCUAGCAACUACUUGGGAUACCAUAGCCAUGGCCUAGCAACACCUUAGCAACCACCUGGGAUAGUAUAGCAAUGGCCUAGCAACAGCUUAGCAAUCACCUGGGAUAACAAAGCAACAGCCUAGCAACACCUUAGCA